ACGACAUAUACUUAUGUAUAGUGUUGUCAGCUACGCAAGAACCUGCGGACUACCACUCUUUCCCUCCCCGUGACCAUAAAACUUUCAGUCUCUUCCCCACUUCGAUUUUCCACAUUCAGGCCCUUCUCCGAUCACCAUUUUCACUCCAUUUUAAAUUCCGCAUUUUGAUUUGCUGGGUUUAAUAUGUGAACAUGUUUUAUUUCUUUGAAAGUCCAACCCCAUAUUGCACUUUCUCCUACAUGUUCCGAUUUUUACAGGCAACCGCCUUAUGUUUGGCGGUGACUUUGCUUCUGGGCCGUCCGGCGGUGGCGGAGUGGGAAACAUGCUCGUGGAUAGUUCCGAUGAGGCACCGGAAUGACAAGAUAUCGAUAACGGACUUCGGGGGCGUCGGAGACGGCCGGACGUUGAACACCAACGCUUUCAGGGAAGCAAUUUACCGAAUAGAGCGGAUGAGGAGGAGGGGCGGGACCCUUAUUUACAUUCCGGCGGGGGAGUAUUUAACCGGACCUUUCAACCUUACGAGUCACAUGACUCUGUUCUUGUCCAGUGGGGCUGUGAUCAAAGCCAUUAAGGAUACAAGGCACUGGCCCUUAAUUCCUCCUUUGCCUUCAUAUGGAAGAGGAAGAGAACGACCAGGCGGAAGAUAUAUGAGCUUUAUCCACGGAAAUGGACUCCGGGAUGUGAUCAUCACAGGUGAGAAUGGUACGAUUGACGGUGAAGGUGAAAUGUGGUGGAACAUGUGGAAGCGAAGAACACUGGAGUUCACACGACCCAGUCUGAUUGAACUCAUCAACUCCAGAGGCAUUCUCAUCUCCAAUGUUAAUCUCAAGAACUCCCCCUUCUGGAACAUCCACCCCGUUUACUGCCGAAAUUUUGUUGUUCGAUAUGUUACGAUAUUGGCCCCUGUUGAUUCUCCCAAUACUGAUGGAAUCGAUCCAGAUUCAAGCUCCCAUGUCUGCAUAGAGGACUGUUACAUAUCAACAGGAGAUGACCUGGUGGCAGUAAAGAGCGGUUGGGAUGAGUACGGCAUUGCCUAUGCCCGCCCCAGCCACGCCAUUACAGUCAGAAGAAUAACUGGGUCAUCCCCAUUUGCUGGAAUCGCAAUCGGGAGUGAAACCUCCGGGGGCAUAGCAGACAUUUUUGUCGAACACAUAAAGCUCUACAACGUUGGGAUCGGCAUUCAUAUAAAGACGGGUGUUGGUCGGGGAGGGAUCAUCAGAGGCAUCACAAUCUCUAAUGUCUACAUGCAGAAUGCGAGAACAGGCAUAAAGAUUGUGGGUGACAAUGGGGGUGACCAUCCAGACAACAGGUUCGACCCGAAGGCUCUCCCGAUUGUAAGUGGGAUCAAAAUCAGGGAUGUUUGGGGAGAGAGGGUUUUGCAGGCCGGGAUGAUACAUGGUUUGAAGAAUGCUCCUUUUAACAGGAUUUGCCUGUCCAACAUCCACCUUAAUGGUGAUGUUACCUACCUGCGAAAUCCUCCAUGGAAGUGCUCAGAUGUUUAUGGUGCUGCUAUUCAAGUUAGCCCAUGGCCUUGCUCACAACUAGCAGCUGCUCCUAACCAUAAAUUUUAUGGUGCAUGCAUCUAUUAAUUUAUCAAUUCUAUUCUUUUUCAGAUUUAUCUCAGUUCUCUUCUUGCCACUAGAGUAACUGUGUAGUAGGUUUGCAAAUGAUUACAUGGAACUCCAAUUCUCUCAAGUGUAAACCACAUACGAAGUAUAAUUUGUUCAAAUAUACUAGUAUACUU